UACGUAAUACCCGGCAGUUCACAGUACCACACUGGUGACUAAAAUGUCGUUGACUUCGCAAUUUGUUGCGAAUUUGAAACGCUUUCGCCUGGUGACCUUCGAUGUGACGGACACACUUCUCCGCCUGAAUGAUCCCCUUCGGCAGUACCAGCAAACGGCAGAGGAGUUCGGGGUCACCGGAGUGGAUCGCCGUAAGUUAGAGCAAUGUUUUCGCCAGCAGUUCAAGGCAAUGAGCAGCGAACAUCCAAACUUUGGCCGUUUUUCACCGGAAAUGGAUUGGCAGCAGUGGUGGCUAAAGUUUGUUGCUCAAACUUUUAUCUGUGUUGAUCAGGGAUUGUCACACGAAAAGCUGGAGAAGAUUGGCCAUAGGUUAAUUACUCAUUUUCGUACAAGCACCUGCUGGAAUCAUGUUGAAGGCGGUCAAGAAUUGGUACAAAGCGUCCGUAAUGCCGGUAAAUGUGUGGGCAUAAUCUCCAAUUUUGAUCCUUCAUUACCGCAAGUCCUUGACACCAUGGGCUAUGCCGGAAAAUUUGAUUUCAUUUUGACUUCGUACGAGGCGGGUUUUAUGAAACCUGAUCGGCGAAUUUUUGAAAUCCCCUUGAAAAGAUUGGAUAUCCCAGCGGAUCAGGCUCUUCAUAUUGGCAACAAACUGGAUUUGGAUUACGAAGGUGCUAGGAAUUGUGGGUGGAGUGGAUUGCUGGUAAAUGAUAAUAGUAACCAGCACUCCUUUGCCAAUUUAUCUGAUCUUCUGGAGACAUUGAAAACCAAAGAAAUAAAAUGGUGAUUCACCAAAGGAAAUCGACUCAGGAAACCAUUGAUCUUUGAUUAGCUCAUGGCUGUUGUUAUUUUUAUAGAUUUCUUUACGAUUAAGAAACAGAACAGGAUGUAAAACUAGUGUUAAAUAUAUAGUCGCGAUUCUAUGUACUUUUUGGGACAUUCGAGGGAGGUUCUAGAGUCUAGACGAAUGCAAAACAAAGUUGUAUAAAAACUAACCUAUCGGAACCCUUAAUGGGUUUCAUUAUAAUAAAAAUCAAAGGAAUUCAAAGACUUUAACUUAACUCUUAUCGAAUGUGUCAAAAUGUUUUACUUAAUGUAACUUAAAUCAAAUUUUAUAUGGCCGAAAGAGCAGGUUUGUUUUGUUUAAAAUAUUUCUUAAUUAAAAACAUAAUCUUACGUAAACAAACAGUUUAAAAAUCUAAGAAAUGUAAUUGUGAUCAGCCAAAGAAAGUGAAAAAUAUAUUAUUUUUAAAACUUAUUGGAAUAAAAUGCGUAAAAAGUUAGUAAUCUAUUUCAAACUAUAGAUUCGUGAAACCUCCGCUCGAAGAUCCCUUGCUUAUAUGCCUAGUCCGUUUAAACUAUACCUGAAGACUUAUCCAGUAUCUUGAUUAAUAUAUAUAAUAUAUAUAUAUAUACACUCACGAUUCUCGCACACAUACCUAAAUACUAUAUGAACAGAUUAAAAGUAAAAGCUAGUUUGUGACCCGA